UCACACAUUCCUGCGUGAGUUGUGUUUGGCGUAGAGGUAAGCCAACGCUCUUGGAAGGGGGCCGUUCUGUAGAUGCUCCUUCGUCACAGCCGCUCUCUCGGUGUGGUGCUCCUGCUUGAAGCGGCCGUCCCCUUUGCUGCUGAUGUUGGUGGUGGCCAUUGUGGUUGUGGUUGUGGAUGCUGACUCGUCACUCGCCGCAGCACCCUCCGACACAUCAGACUGAGGAAACACACAUCACAUUCAUUCAUUCAUUCAUUCAUGUGUGUCGUGAGUGAGAGGUUCAUGGACUUACUUGUUGGCCAUUGUCGUCUUCGUCACGUGUCUCAUGUUUGUCGGCGCCCGCCACAUCCUCAAGCUGACAUCACAAAGACAUCCAUCACACAUAGAGUUUGGUUUGUGCGUCUCCUUGCCUGUGUGUGCACACCUGGCUGUUGACGUUGUCUAUGAUGCGGUUAUUCUUGGUCGUGCCAUCGUCUUCACCAUCGCCCUCUUGCUGCGCACUGCCCUCCACUGCUGUCGGUGGCAUCAAUCCGUCGGUGGCCAACAGAGACCCGGCCACCGGGUCACUGCCACUCACACUCGCGGCGGGUGUGUCGAUCUGCCGGAACGACAU